UUGCUCCUACUAGAGAAUUGGCCAUACAAAUACACAAGGUACCAUUCAUCUAGAUUUCCGAUUUCAGUUUUUCUCAUCCUUAUUUUACAGGAAGCUGCAAAAUUCAGUUAUCGUACCAACAUCAUUACCGCAAUACUAUAUGGCGGUCGUGAAAACUAUCGCGAGCAAAUCAAUCGCCUGCGUGGAGGAUGUCACAUCCUCAUUGCAACGCCUGGUCGCCUCAUUGAUAUUCUAGACCAGGGCUACAUUGGCUUAGCUGGAUGCCGUUAUUUAGUGCUAGAUGAAGCAGAUCGUAUGCUAGAUAUGGGUUUUGAACCUCAGAUACGAAAAAUUGUUAGUCAAGGCAUGCCGCCUAAGUCAGAGCGCACAACCGCCAUGUUUAGUGCUACUUUCCCUAAGCAAAUUCAGACACUCGCGCAGGACUUUUUAAAGCCAAACUACGUAUUCCUAGCUGUAGGACGUGUAGGAUCUACCUCAGAAAAUAUCGACCAACAAGUUCUAUUAGUGGAGGAGUUCGACAAACGCAAGAUGCUAUUGAAUAUUCUAUCUAGAGAGGGUAUAGAAAAUGAGUCACUGGUGCUUGUAUUCGUUGAAACUAAGCGUGGAGCCAAUGAGCUAGCUUAUGCUCUUCAACGGCAGCAGAUCAAGUGAGU